AAUGACGGGAAAUCGCUUUAAGGUACGGAAAUAUUCAUUUUUGGGUAUGUUUAGGGGAAAUUGUUCUGCGAAAGCAACGGUAAAUAUACGCUUGAGGGUGUAUGUACGUAUGUAGGUGUCAUUAUUAGUCAUGGUUUCGACCCGCAGAACCCCUCCCCCUGGCUACGCCCCUGUUUCUAGCUCAUUCUGAAAAUGUGAUGUAGGCAACUCUGGAAAGUUUGCAACAAACAGAUAUGGAUAACAUAGCCUACCGUACUUCUUCUGUGUACUACAAGAUAUAAAAUAUGGUUGGAACGUAAUGCAGUCAUUUUUCAAAAUAUUAAUCCAAGUGUUAAUAAUGUCAUAACAAGAAUUAAAAAAUCCCUUUCAGCAAGGAGAAAUAUAGUACAAUUUAGACAUAAACCUAGUUUUAUAAAAGAACUUGACAUACCGUAAUUUGCAAGAACUAUGACUAAUUGUACAAAUUUUUAUUUUUCUGCUAUCAAUAAUUAAAAAACAUGUAAAUUUUAUAUUUGCUGAUAAACAUUGGAAAAUUUAUCUGGAAUCAACAAUGGAAUAAUAUGAAUUGCUGGAUAAUACUGGAUACCGUAAUGUUUAUGAAUAUAUUUGUUUAUUAUAUGUAACUAUGUUCUAUGUUUAUUAUUUUUUCAUCAUUUAUUUAUUUUUACAAAACUGAUAUGAAUCCACAAUCAGACAACGUGGAACUUUAAAAAAAAAAAAAUAUGGAUAACGUUAGUUAACCAGUCUUUUAAAUACCGGUAACACUUUUUCUUAUAAAUAUAGAUGUAUUCAAUCAUCUUAUUAUUUAUCAUACAGUCAUACCCAGGCCAGGAUAAAUGUCUGAAUGUAAAAUUUGAAUCAAAGUACAGCACUUAAGAAAUUGAUGGGUUCUGUAUUUUUGAGUCACUCUGUAUUUGUGUCUAUGUUUUGACAAUGUAACACAGUAACAUAAUUAUAGUAAUAACUGAAUCAUAUAGACUCGCAGAUUGGACUGUUAUUUGAAAACCACUGCCUUAUAGAGUUAAACCCAGACAGUCAUGUCUCAUUCAGUCAUUCAGGUAAUUUUGAAAACUCAUUAACGUAAUGCAGUACAGCAGUAGCUUAAUGUUGCUUCUUCAAUUAAACUCUUUGUUCUUUUUGUUAAGAAUCUUGGUCAAUAUAGCACAGAUAUAGUAGAUAAACAUCAGUAUGUCUACUUUUGAUGACUGGCUGUCCUGGUUUGUUCAUGUAAAUGAUCCAUCAGUCUUGGAAAUGUGGAAAGAUCAACCAACAUAUAUAUUUGUCAAUUUGAUCGUCAUUACAAUGGCAAGCCUUUCGCUUAUGUUUGCUCUUAGACAUGGAUUGGAUAGCAGAUAUACAUAUUUUUGGCUUGCCACAUUGCUACAUGGAAUCGUCACAGAACUUGUGAGUUACAACCUUCCUGACAUCAACAAUUUCUGGCAUAGUCAAACUUUCAUGAUGUUUGCUGGACGAAGAUUUCCCCUGUAUAUUGUAUUGUUUUAUCCUGCUACUGUGACCCAUGCUUAUAUUGCAGCUAGUCGAUUGAAACUGCCAUGGUGGGCAGAACCAUUUGCUGUGGGUCUCUUUGAUGUUCUGAUUGACUUCCCAUAUGAUAUAAUGGGAAUAAAAAUGGUUUGGUGGACGUGGCAUGAUACUGAUCCUAAUCUGUUUGACCGUCAUUAUUGGGUUCCAUGGACCAGCUAUUUCUUUCACAUGUCAUUCCAUAGUUCACUGGUGUUUUUGCUGCACGGUACACGAUAUGUCAUCACUGGAAAUACAUCGAAAGACAAAUCGUCUGGAUUUUUCAAGGAAAUGUUAUGUGUGAUUAUUACUAGCUCUUUCUCUAUGGGAUUUGCAAUAAUUUUCCAACUACUACCUAUCUAUCAUGGACUGAAGGAUGGGUUUGGUCUACAUACUGAAAAUAUCAUGUUUGUUGUUUUUGGUUUGUAUUUUGCCAUCGUUUGGUAUGCAGAUAGAACUCCCACAAAUGACGCCCGGGCACAAAACAAAAUUUCUAAAACAUACUGGUGGAAUAACGAAACUGGUAUUGCUAUUCUACUUCAUUAUAUAUUUUACAUUAUUCUAGUUGUCAUCGCCAAGCCACAGUAUGUUAAGUCUCGUGGGAUGCAUGAAACACUAGGUCCGAGGUCGGAAACCAUGAAGAUGCCUGUUGUAUCUGGUGCUGUAUAUAUCAAGCAACGAUAUUUUGACCCAGCAUCUUAUGAUGAAGGUUACAUUGACUUUCAUUGUCUUCCUGAAGGAGCACCAAAUCUCACUGCAAAUCCGCAUGAUGUUGGAAAGUCUUGGUACACAGUAUGUGGUAAUAAGUUUGAGAAUCAUGUCGAAUAUAUUGUUAUGAUUUGGUCAUUUUGUUUUCUUGGCAUAUUUGCAUUUUACAACGCUUUAGGCAGAUCUGCAACUCAAGAGAAUGUUGAUGAAAUGAUUCUAAAAAAGAAAGUACCGGUAAUGCAAAAAAGUCAAAGAAAUGUUGAUGAAACGAUUCUAAAAAAGGAAGAAAUGCAAAAAGGUCAAAGAAAUGUUGAUGAAAUGAUUCUAAAAAAGAAAGUACCGGUAAUGCAAAAAAGUCAAAGAAAUGUUGAUGAAACGAUUCUAAAAAAGGAAGAAAUGCAAAAAAGUCAAAGAAAUAGGAGGCAAGAUGUGAGAAAAAAAACUGGUAAAAAUAAGAAGAAAAGUCAAUAG